AAAAUAUUGUUGAUUUUUCUCGAAAAACCAUGCCUAUCACACGCGAGUAUGGAGGUCAAGCCCAAACGGCAACGCAAAUCGGGGACUAAGUACAGCAAGACUGCAUGUCGGACAUGCAAGAUUCGGAGAGUCAAGUGCGAUGAAGGAAGACCUGAUUGCCGAAAUUGUGUCUCUACUGGUCGUACCUGUGAUGGCUAUCAUUCCGGUGUUCCCAGUCGCGAAAUGGCUUCGCAACGACCGCUCUUGCCGGCUUCGGCUUCACCUCCAACUAUCGUCACAAUAUCGCGACUUCCUUCUUCUUUGACGUUUAGCACGACUUUGGAAGAUCAUAACUCAUUCCAGUUCUUCAUUCAACACAUUGUUGCUGGGUUGAAACUCAUUUCACCAACUCAUGGAUGGAUAACGCUUUCCCUUCAACUAGCUGUCACCGAGCCGGCAGUGUACUUCGCCAUUGCUGCCUGCGGAAGUGUGGCCAAUAUCCGACUUGCUAAGAAUUAUCAUUGUUACUUCGCGCCGCCAUCGCCGGUGAAGCAGAAGAUCAACUUGCGGCAAUAUUGUAAAGCUACUGCAGCGUUGCAGAAGUAUAUCGAUCGUGCUGCAUCUGGACAAGCGAGCAUUGAGCCUGUGUUGCUUUGCUGUCUACUUUUUGUAUCUUAUGAGACUUAUCAAGAUGAGACUGGCCUUGCGAUGCAGCAUCUCAAGCUUGGUCGGAGGACUAUUGAAGAUGGCGUUGCUGGUCGACUGAGGUUCUCCUCGAAGCAGACGUCGAAGGAUGUUAUUGCGGCUUUUGACUGGAUGGGCUCGCAGUCUACGAAUUGUGGUCGGAAGGAAUUGUCAAGCGGUGACGUCCUGCAUGACAAACCUUUUAACGGUAUAUCGACGUACUUCACUUCCCUCGAACAUGCUAAACAAGCACUGGAUCGUCUCUCCACUGCCGCUUCGGAUUGGAGAACUGAUCUGUUAGCACUGGCAACAGAAUACAUUGCAACAACAGAUUCCUGGAAUACAAGACCCGCGAUCAGGGAAUGCAUCAUCUAUUGCGUCAGUCGUUCCAUGCAUCUUACCCCAGGACAUCACCUGCUCUGCCGCGAAGCAGAAUUGAUGCAAGCACAUACCUCCUGGCUACGCGGAGUGAAACUUCUACAACAAGGCAGCACCCUCCGUCGAGAUUUGAUCCACAUGCAAAUUCAACAUUUCUACUCCACCUUUACCCUCCAAACCGCUCGAGAUACCUACGGUAAAUCUAUAGAUCGUUUCGACGCACAAGCAGCAGCUAUCUUGGAUCUGGUUGAAGGAUAUCUACGGCCCGAUACGACGUAUCCACGCAGACCGACAUCGCCAUCUCAAAAAGGCAGUAACGCACAACUAUACCCUUAUACACCUCUCCCUCAGCAACAGGAAUAUUGUUUCGCCCUCGAAUACGCAAUUCUGCCUACUCUCUUCUCAAUCUGCCUUCGUAUUCGCCACUCCGCAACCAGAAAACGUGCUCUCCAUCUCCUCCGCACGGCCAAUCGCCGCGAAGCAGGUCAAUCGAGUGCAGAGUUAUGUCAUUACGCCGACGCCUUUAUCGCUUUGGAACAAUCCUCACCCUCUGAUUCGGCCGGGGAAGUUGCCGAGGAAGCGAGAUUGUUGGAGGUGGUUAUUGAAAGUGCUGGGUACAUGGAGGUCAGUUUUGUUUGUGGGCGAUUUAGACAUGAAGGUGAUGGUGGAUUGGAGGUUUUGGAAUAUAAAGGGGCUGGGUUGCCGCCGUUGAGGUUGCAGUUGAUGAGGAAGAAUGAGUUUCCGUUUAUGGCUGGUGGGAAUUGGGAAGAAAGGGAUUUGAUGUGAGGGGGUUUGGGGUAAGGGUUCUGACUUGAGUACCUUGGACAAGAGAGCAGAGAUAAAUGCGAUUAGACUGCCUUAGUACUCACUGUCGACAUUAGACAACUAUCUCUUCUUGCGCACCUACCGUUACUAACUACUUUCUUAGCGCCGGCCGCAACAGCGC